AAAUUAAAUACUUUUUACAAAAUCUAUGGUUAAACGUAUGGUGAAACUUUACCCAAAAAUAACUUGUCAAAAAUAUUUGGUAAAAAAGUAGACUAAUUUUUGUGAUGUGACUUGUGUAAUAGAGUGAAUCUAGGCCAUUAGGGUCUCUUCAUCUUAUUCUACAAAAAAGAAAGAAGUGAUACAAUGACAAGUUUUUUAUUUAUAUUGUAUAUGCAACUAUUUUGAGCUUAAUUUUAGUAAUCUAAACCACUAUAUAAAACAAGAUAUCUAUCAAAUGCAAAAACUAAGUUUUUAGAGAUUGUAGGCCACACUUCUGAUUGUAUAAAUGACAACAUUAACACUACCAUCUUGGAAAUUCACUAUCAGCUUGGAUAAGUUUCCAAGAUUCAACUUGGAAAAAGCCGUGUGCAACCACGGCUUUUUCAUGAUGGCUCCCAACCAUUGGGAUCCAUCUACUAAAACCUUUUCUCGUCCUCUACGAUUAGAUGAUUCCAUCAGAUCAGCUCUCACUUUCAUUUCACAGCCUCCAGGAGAGGAUCAUCUUGUCAUUACGGUUUAUGGUGCAACUAUUCUUUCCUCUAAGGAUGAGGGAGCCAUUCAGUCUCAGGUGAAGAGAAUGCUGAGACUCUCUGAUAAGGAUGAACAAGAUGUCACAUAUUUUCAUAAGCUUCAUCCACAUGCUGAGGCCAAAGGAUUUGGUCGGUUGUUUCGAUCACCAACCUUAUUUGAAGAUGUGGCCAAGUCUCUUCUUCUUCGCUUUUGCCCGUGGAAGACAUCUUUGGAUCUGGCAAAGGCUCUUUGUGAUGUACAACUGAAAAAAGUCAGAAUGUCGAAAAGAAAGAGAGCAAAUAUUGGAGACUUCCUGAGCCCGAGAGAAUUAGCAAGUUUUAGAGAGGAAGAGCUAAACGACAAAGGGAAAUUUGGAUAUAGAGCAGGGGACUUGAUUAAGUUGGCUAAACAAGUUGCUAAUGGAAAAAUUAAGUUUGAUAGUGCUGAUGAAGGGCACUACUCUAAGUUGAAGAUAAAUGGUGCUGGUCCUUUUACCACUAAUACUAUCAUGAUGUGUAUUGGACACUAUCAUAAUAUUCCAAUUGAUACUGAAACGUUGCGUCAUAUGAAAGAGUUUCAUGGACUUAAUAUGAGAAAGCGUAAAAAGGGACCAAUUAGUGUGGAAACAAAAGCGAAAAUACAAGAAUUCUACAAGAUUUAUCAUCCAUUUGAGUCUCUGGCUUACUGGUUUGAACUUGCCAACUCUUAUGAAAUAAAACUUGGCAAGACAUUAGGUGAGUUAUUACCAUCAGAAUAUCAUCAUGCCACCGGAAGCAAGAAAUGUUAAGAUGUGAUGUGAUGUGAUGUGUGAUGUGUGAUGGAUAGGAUAUUGGAUUGAAAGAAAGAAAAAAACUUCCCUUUCUUUUUCUUCUUUAUUUUGGUUUUAUCCCUCCGAUGAAUUUCGGCUAUGACCAAUGAAUGUUAACGGAGUAUUAGAUUUUGAAAUUGAUGAUCAUGUAUAUAUAGGGUUGAUUAACAACUUUGUUUUUGUUUUUGUUUUUUGUGCGGACUUCACUAUAUCACAUGAUUUCAACUUGAAUCCAUGUUUCUGUCUGUUUGAAAGACUUACAACAGAUUUUUUGCUUA